CCUCUCCUCUCUCCUGAAGCGACCAUGUCCGAUCCUCACGCCAAUGCAACCUGUGCUAGCUGCUGUUCUACAGAUCACUGCACUAUAACAUGAGCUUCGAACGCCAUGGACGUCGCCAUGACCCGACCUUGAAUUACCUCACUCUACGACGCCGAAGGGAGAUGGACCUCAUCAGGAGAUCCAAGUCGUUUCCUGCCGCGUACAUCCUCUGCGUUACUCUCCACGUCAUCCUCCCACGCGCCGUCCCCGCCGUCGACCUCGGCUCAGACGCCCGGCAGAGGUGGUGCGACGACGCCACGCCGUACCCGAGCACGUGCGCCCACUACAUGGGCUCCGACGCUCUCGGCGACGCCGAGGCCGAGCGCUUGCACGCAACGUCGCUUCGUGUGGCCGCGGACCAGGCCGCGCUCGCGCUGGCCGAUGUCCAGACGCGCCGGUUGGAGAGGAGCGGCCGUGCCGGGCAGGCCUGGUCCGACUGCCGGCAGCUCGUGGCCUCCGCCGUGGGACACCUCAACCGGACGGCGGCCAUCGCGUCGGGCUCGGACAUGCUUGCGUGGCUCAGCGCGGCGCGCACCUGCCUCGACACGUGCCUGACGGGCUUUGCCGAGCUCGGCGCGUCGCCCGGGCCGGACUUCCAAGGUGUGCUGGCGAACACGUCGAGGCUCGUCACCAACGCGCUCGCGGUCACCGCGCUCCGGGACGAGACGACGUUGAAAGACAAAGAGCAUGCCGGAGCAGACGUGGCCUCAGGUCAGGGCUGGCUCCGACCUGACAACGACGACGGCCGCGUCUUCCUGCAAGGUCGUCUUGUCAGUCCGGGUGACGCCGACUUGGUCGUGGCGAAGGACGGGACGGGCCAUUUCUGUACUGUCGGGGAGGCUGUCGAGGCGGCGGCGAAGCGGGGCAAUGGUGGAAAGGUUGUGGUUUAUGUCAAGGCCGGGGUUUACAACGAGUACAUUGAGGUGUGGACGAGCAACUUGGUGCUUGUCGGCGAUGGCAUCGGCAGGACGGUGAUCACCGGAAACAGGAGCGUCCGGGACGGAUACACCACCUUCAGCUCCGCCACAUUUGCUGUGAACGCGGACGGCUUCGUCGCACGCGGCGUCACGUUCCGGAACACGGCGGGCUGCGGCGCGCAGCAGGCGGUGGCGCUGCGCGCAAGCGCCGACCGGCUCGCCUUCUACCGGUGCAGCUUCGAGGGCCACCAGGACACGCUCUACGCGCACACGCUUCGCCAGUUCUACCGGGAGUGCGUGGUGGCCGGCACCGUGGACUUCGUCUUCGGCAACGCGGCGGCCGUGCUCCAGCACUGCAGCCUCCGCGUGCGCCGCCCGCUCCCCGGCCAGCCGGCCGUGGUCACGGCGCAGGGCCGCGUGGACCAGUACGAGCGCACGGGGUUCGGCGUCCACGGCGGGGUGGUGAGCGCAGCCGCCAAGUUCGGCCCCGGCGGUGCGCACGCCCCGUUCAGGGCGUACCUCGGCCGGCCGUGGAAGGAGUUCUCUCGCGUUGUGUACAUGGAGGCGUACAUGGACAGCACGGUGGACGCGGCGGGGUGGCUGCAGUGGGGUGGCACGGAGUUCGCGCAGGGCACGGCGUUCUACGGGGAGUACAGGAACACCGGACCCGGGUCCAACACGUCGGGGAGGGUGAGGUGGGGAGGCUACCACGUGAUCACCGACCCCGGCGAGGCGUCGGAGUUCACAGCCGCUGGAUUGCUUGACGCCGGCUCAUGGUUGGGUUCUACCGGCGUCCCUUGUACUCCUGGACUUUAACUCUUUAUCAAGUCCCGUUUGGUUGCUGACCAUGGGAGCUUAUGUGGAACUGUUACCUAGGCCCUGUUUAGAACAAAUUUUACUUCUGUACAAUUCAGCUAUGGGAGAAGCUGG